AUGAUAUUACUUGACAACGAUUUAGAAUGGGUUUUUAGUUCUGCUUGGAAAGAAGAACUUCCAAAAAUAAUAGAUACUACUCUUUAUGAAUCUUUAAAUAAGGCUCGUAAUGCACGUUAUGAAAGUAAAUGUGGUGCGAAAGAACUUGGUAUAAAACAAUGCAAGCGUGAUCAUAAAGCUUCUAAAGAUUUUCUGACUGCAUUAUCUACAGAAGACAUGGGAAAGAUAAAAGCGUUUUUUAAUGAGCAAAAUAAAGGAGCAAAUUUCAUUACAGCUUCUUCACGUACAGUUUUACUUAUGGAUGCGACAGGCUCUAUCUCAAACAAAGCAUUUAUGAAUACUAUUGGUCCUGAAGGUGGAUGGGGACAUGAAGCUAUUGAGAUUGGUUUAUGGCAUGCAGUUAAAGAAAGUGAAACGCCAGAGACAAUCUCUCAAGUCAUUUUAAUUACAGAUGCCCCAGCAAAUAGUCAAACACAGCUCAGUGAGAAACGAACGCGCUUUGGUGAAGCAUACUGGAAGACUAUUAAAUUUAGUACGUCAACAUACUAUGCAACUGAAUUACAAAAGUUGGAAGAUAAAAAAUUCCGAUCCAUGCAUUUUACCUCACUUCAUACGCAAAAGGAAAUUUCGAAGAAAUUGCGCGUGAGACAUCAGGACGUUGUGAGAUGCUGA